UAUUGAUAGACAAAAUUGCAGACAUGGAAGAGAAGUUAAACUCAAUGAAAAGUGACCUGAUGUUGAGGUUCAGAGGAUCUGAUAAGGAUACUAGUGAUAAUCUAAAUGAUUUGCCUCAAAGUGACCUUAGUGAAAAUGUUUCUUCUUUGAGUGCUGACAACACGGGACUUCCAGGUCAGGGUGACCUGGCAGAAGGCAUUGGGAAGAGCUUAGCUGACAUAGAAGCAUACAUGAAAGAUACAUGUGAAAUUAUGGAAAUAACAAAGCUACGAAAGAGGCCAGGAAGGCCGAGGAGACAGCAAGCGGAAAAGUUAACCCCAGUUAUUGUCAGUGGAGACGAGGAGGAGGAGCCAACAAGCAUGAACGAAGUUGUUAAGAUUGUUGCAAAAGGGCUCAAGAAAGAGACCAAAGCAUCAUCUGUAGAAGUCACUUGCAAAAAUUGGAAUGACAGAAAAGGCAGUACAGAAGUCAGUCAGAAAGAUGCAGAAGAAAAUUGCCUCCCUAGAGUGAAGGAAGAACCCAUCCAUGAUGGCUUUGAGGACAUCAUACCUGGUCCAGAUUCUUCCUCAUGGGAUGAGAUUGGAAGCAACUCCCUGGCAUGCCUCACCAACUUGCAAGAGGAAGACUUUCUAAUAGGCAGCACCAAAGUUAGAAAAGGAGGCGAUUCAACUUCACAGUUAUUUACAGAUCAGAAUUCUAGUAUAGACUCUUCAGCAACAGAGGCAAGUCAGGAUGCUGAGCACUUGGGCCAAACAUCUGAGAAACCCCUUGAUAAUGAUGCCACAGAUCAGGGAUCCAACAAGUUAAAGCCAGAACAGAGACUGGAAGAUAUGAGCCUAGAAAAGAAGCCAGAUAUGCCCUUAGUUUUUGAAACUGGUGAUUCAAGUGAAAGCCAGUGCAGCAAGAGCAGAGAUAAGGAAACAGAACAGAACCUCAGGAAUUUCAUGGGUGCCUUGGAGGAGGCUGCCAAUGACCUUGUUAAAAACAGAGUGAAGACCCCAGAGUACCGAUAUGGAAAAAGAUGCCCAAAACAUUGAGAUUGGCAAAUUGCUGAAGAUACCAAAUAAUAAAGUGUUGGGAAAGAAGCGUGCCAUGAUUCGAGAAGAAAGGA